AUGCAAGAUACAAUACAAUGGGAUCCUCCCACACGAAAAACACAAUUUCAUUAUCAGAUUCGCGCUUGCUUUGCCAAAAAAUCAUCGGCCAAUGUCUGCUUGCGUUUCUGCAGUGAAAAGUGUUUCUUCCUCACUGCCUCCCUGAGGCCAUGUGUGGUUGAGCCGUUGGAAGCAAAUGAAGAUACUGACGGGUUACCCGAUAAGUCUUUAAAUAAAAAAUUACCAGAAUUCAACCACGAACGUAAUGUUGGUCCACGGUUUGCUGAAGUCGGUAGUUUUGAACACGAAUACGGCACCAGGUGGAAGCAAUUGCAUGAAUUGUUCAAGACCAAACAGGAGGCAUUGAAACGCGAAUUAAAAAUGGAGGAAGAAAAAUUGGAAGCUCAAAUGGAAUAUGCUCGGUAUGAGCACGAGACAGAACUUCUCAGACAAGAAUUACGCAAGCGCGAAUCUGAUAAUGAACGCAAGAAAAUGGAAUGGGAAAUGCGUGAGAAACAAGCCGAGGAAUUACGCAAACGUGAUGAAGAGCAAAUGCAUCGCCAGCAAACUGAAAUGCAAACCCGCAUGUUGCGCCAAGAGGAGGAAAUGCGUCGCCGCCAACAAGAAAAUACUUUGUUUAUGCAAGCCCAACAAUUGAAUUCGUUGUUGGAUCAACAAGAGGGUGGCUUCAGUGGAAAUUGUAGCAAUUUCGAUAACUUUGGCGGUGGCAACAACUCGCCUUUCGAUUUCCGCGGCAACAAUGCUGGUAAUAGCGGCAAUAAUGGUCCCAACGGACCUAAUAACCAACAGAGGGUUACUUCAAAACAUCAACUGCGGUGCUGACUGUCUGAAACAUGA